CUGUGGUUGGUGGGCGGGCUGUAUCAGUCGAUGAUCGAACCACGUUGAACGUCGGUUCACUAAAACUGUGUCUGGAUUCUCCGAAGUCUACCUCGUCAGUGAAAAGACAAUCUGACGAAUGCAUUUCUGAUAGUGGACAGUGCACAGAAAGACGAACUGCACCUAGGAAAGCCAACAAAUCAAGGCUGAUAAAAUGAGUGACAGGAAAGAGUUCCGAAGUCCGUUCUUUCGGCCCACAGCAAAUCAAAUGGCAGCAGUGACAAGCGAGAAGACGUCCACGUUUUCUUUUCUACCGUCUCAAAAGACUCUCAAAGGAAUCUUAGCCGGUGGCAUUACCGGUGGUCUGGAGAUUUGUAUCACCUUCCCCACAGAAUAUGUGAAAACACAGUUACAACUUGACGAGCGGUCAGGAGUGGAGAAGAGGUUUAAGGGGCCAAUCAACUGUGUUCAGGUGACAGUACGGGAGUAUGGAGUGCUGGGCUUGUACAGGGGCCUCAGUGUUCUGCUCUAUGGAUCCAUUCCAAAGUCGGCUGUGAGAUUUGGUGCUUUUGAAGAGCUUAAAAAACGAAACCUGUCAGAAGAUGGAACUUUGUCAUCAUCAAAAAAAUUGCUGUGUGGUUUAGGUGCUGGAGUUAGCGAGGCAAUAUUAGUGGUCACGCCCAUGGAGACGGUUAAAGUCAAAUUCAUUCACGACCAGACAUCAGCCAAUCCAAAAUUCAGAGGGUUCUUCCAUGGUGUGCGGGAAAUUGUAAGGCAGCAAGGAUUCAAGGGGACAUAUCAGGGACUGACGCCAACUAUAUUAAAGCAGGGUUCUAACCAAGCUAUUCGUUUCUUUGUGGUGGAGUCGCUCAAAGAUUUGUAUCGUGGAGAUGAUAUGAAGAAAUCGAUUCCAACACCUGUGGUUGGUUGUUUUGGUGCUAUUGCUGGGGCUGCCUCUGUCUUUGGUAAUACUCCCAUAGAUGUCAUCAAAACUAGAAUGCAGGGUUUAGAGGCCUCCAAGUACAAGAACACCUUAGACUGCGCUGUACAAAUCAUGAAGCACGAGGGCCCAAGAGCGUUCUACAAGGGCACAGUUCCCCGUUUGAGUCGAGUCUGUUUAGAUGUUGCCAUAACGUUCAUGAUUUAUGAACAAUUUAUGCAACUUUUCAACAAAAACUGAUCAUAGUGUGAGAAGUGAGUUCAUUUCUUUAUUGUGAAUUGUUUAUGUUAUAAAAAGUGUGUGCAUUUUUUGUUUAUGAACUGUUCAUGACACAGCAGAAUGUUCAUUAAUUUGUUCUAAACUGUAUAGGUUGCAGAAGCGUGUUUAGUUCUUUGUUUCGAACUGUUCAUGUUACAGAAGUGCAUGUGUUCAUUUCUGUGCUCUGAACUGUUCAUGUUAUACAAGUGUGUUCAUUUAUUUAUUCUGAACUGUUCGUGCUAUAGAAGUGUGUUCAUUUCUUUGUCCAGAACCCUCUAAUUCAGCGGAUGAAUGCCUAAUAUAAGAGGUACUGACACGAUACAGUUUCUGCAUCCACUCACUUAAUAUAAACCAUGUAACUAAUAAUAUUUGUACCACAACCUGCGUGAUUCUGCAUCUUAUGGGGAAAGCCGGAAUAAUCCCAAACAUGAAAAAAAAAAAUCCCUUGAAAAAAGGCACUCCCUAAACCUGAAGAUCUGUACACUGUAUAAUACCUGAGUGAUAUUUAUACAUGUAUAGGUUGUAGAUUUAUGUGGGUUAGUGCGUCUAUAGCUUGAAAACAAAAUUAAAUUGCCCUUGUGUAUUUCUAAAAAGAAAAAUUCUAGAGAAAAUUUCAAAAUCCUUGUGUGAUAAUUUAUCCAUGUGUUUCAUAAACUGAGCUACUACGCAAAGUUUGCUUGGUUUUAGAUAGAAAAAGUUCAAUAUUCUAGUCAGCAUAAACAAGUCUCUUAAUAACAGACAGUACUGCCGGAAAUAUUGGACAAUGCUGGUGCGAGUAAUGGACAGUGCUGGUGCAAAUGAUGGACAGAAGAUGUGAAUAAUGGACAGUACUGGUUGAAUGAUGGACAGAGCUGGUGCGAACAGUGGACAGAAGAUGUGAAUAAUGGACAGAGCUGGUGCAAAUGAUGGACAGAAGAUGUGAAUAACAGACAGUACUGGUUGAAUGAUGGACAGAGCUGGUGCGAACAAUGGACAGAGCUGGUGCGAACAAUGGACAGAAGAUGUGAAUAAUGGACAGAGCUGGUGCAAAUGAUGGACAGAAGAUGUGAAUAACGGACAGUACUGGUUGAAUGAUGGACAGAGCUGGUGUGAACAAUAGACAGUGCUGGUGUGAAUAAUAUUAGACAGUUAUUAGGUAUCCUGUCCAGGAUACAGAAAUAUAUGAUGUCAGUAACCCAUAUAUUGUGUGAGCAUUUCAGCAGAGCCUUCAUGAGGGCUACACGGACUUCAUAUGUUUCCGUAUAUUAUCACAGAGAAAUCGCAUAACAAAUUUAUCUUCCAAAAAGCCCAUUGAUUCAGCACAGACAGUUGAUGUACAUUUAAUGUCGUCAUUGUGUUCACAGGAUACAGGAGUAUACACGUCCCCCAUGUGACCGUUGCUGUCCAAUGAAAACCCGAGUAUUUUGUCUGAUGCACAUUGUGUCAAUAGACAAUGUGUCUGCAUCCGAAAUGUAGUUGAUCAUAAAGAUGCUAGCUGUCUGCUGCACAUGUUAGAGUGAUUUCAAUGAGUUUACAUGACUUUUCCAUCUCAAGCACUCGCAGUAUCUCUACUUGUUCACCAUAUUUAUCCUUCCAGUGUAACAAGGGUGAGGGUACACAAGCAUUUUCCUUGCAGACUUAAAUUAUUCUACAUGUAAGCAGCUAGCCAUACUUGAAACAGAAGAUGUCAAUUUUCGGUUCAGUAACGGCUAGAAUUCCAUAUCUGAGGGUAGUGCCAGUCUCUCUUUUGUAACAAGAAGGCUUGUAAAUGCAUUGAAAGGUUUCACAGGAAGAAGUUUGGAAGAAGCUGGCUAGAAUUGUGUUCGUUAUUGUUAGUUGAAUGUCCUGUGCUUAAAUAACAUUACCACAGAUUAACUCAUAACCAUUCCACAAAUAUUAACAAAUUUGGUAUCUUUCUCUUUUCUACAAAAGUAUUGAAUGUAAUGCUCAACUUUCUCCAAUCUUAUGAUAUUUGUUCUUCAUGUGAUCUUGAACUGACUAUAUUAC